GUGUAACUGUAGUCGUAUUGGACAAAUUGGGAACUGGGAAAAUUUCUAACCUAAGCUAACAGCUAAGUCAGCUGUUGUGUGUGCAAGAGACAGAGUGGAGCAGUGUCGUGACGACGAGGUUGCUCUUGUGCCUAUGUCGUCGUCAGUCGUGUAUUCGUUUUAUGAAAAUUACUCAUUAUUAUUAUCAUUAAUAAUAAAAAGUGAUAAUAGAAUAUCGCGGAUCGUUCGAGAUCACGCGCGAGGUUUCACCUCCUGAGAAACCGUGCGCGCGACUUCAACGUUCCUCCGGGAGUCCAGUGGCAAGGACUCCCAACGGAUACGAACGGCGAAGGUGCGCGACAAAGUCGAUUCUUUUUUGUCGUCAUCGUUGUCGUUGACGAAUUAUUAUCACCAAUAAAAAGGAAUAGGUGACAAAAUAGUAUGUCGCGCCAUGUUAAAAAAUUUUCAAUAAUUGUCGAAAGUGAAUAUAAAUAAAAACAUUGUCGAUUAAUUAGUGUCGUGUGUGUGUUUGUGUGUGUGUGAAUUUAAUUUGCCUCGCAACAAAAUUAGUAUUAGGAAUAAAAUAAAUAAAUUAGAAAAAAAAAUUUUUAUUAUUAAAAACCAGUGAUAUAAACGCGUCCUGUAACUCUAACCUGGCAAGUGAUCUUUUUAAAAAUCAUCCAAGCUGGAUAAACUACCCGAGUAUCUCCGCGAUACCGUGGACUGGUUUAUGGGGUUUGCCGUUGAUUCCCUCACCUUCUAUGCUUUUGAUGAUAUUCUCUUUGGGACACUGCGACUAUAUUUCAAAUUGUUUUGAAAAAACUAAAAUUUUGCAUGAAUUACUGAAAAAUGGAUAUUAUGUCUCGCUAGAAGGAAGCAUUACCUAAUAAGCGAUCACAACGGCGAGUAUAACAAACGCGAUAUCUGGGAUGCUUCGGUCCCCAGCACGUGGGGGCCUGGCAAUCCUGGACACAUCGUCUUCUUCUUCAACCAACUCGGCACCGUCAACACCCAUUCAUAACUCCACGUCCAGCUCCUCCAGCACAGCCUCGCGUCUAUCACUACUCGACACCUGUCACAGGAAGAUACGCUUCUUCGGCGAAUUGGUCGCAAAAGCCAGACGAAAGGAUAAGGAUGCGGGAACUACUGAAGAUCCAAAAUUAUAUUUGGAAGAAGCCGUCCUUGAAAGGCAACUUCCGGAACUCGACUUAAAAGUACUGGUUGACCUGCCUCCAGGGAUAGAUUAUAACGAAUGGCUAGCCUCACACACAUUAGCACUUUUCGAUCACAUCAACCUCAUUUAUGGCACUAUAUCCGAAUUUUGCACCAUGACCGGAUGUCCUGACAUGACGGGUCCUGGAUUAAGAACUUAUUUAUGGUUUGACGAGAAAGGGAAAAAGACUAGAGUGGCUGCGCCACAAUACAUUGACUAUGUGAUGACUUUUACCCAACGCACCGUCAGUGACGAAACAAUAUUUCCUACCAAAUACGCGAAUGAAUUUCCCAGCUCGUUUGAGUCGAUAGUACGUAAGAUCCUGCGGCUACUUUAUCACGUGAUGGCACACAUUUACCACUGCCACUUUCGAGAGGUGGCGUUACUUGGGCUACACGUACAUCUCAAUUGUGUUUUUGCCCAUCUCACUCUCCUAAAUCAACGCUUUAGCCUCAUCGAUCCGAAGGAAACGGAAAUCCUCGGUGACUUAGAAGCUGCCCUUUUAGGUGAUUCAUCAUCAGCGCCUUCACAAACAACGGCCCUUCAGGAAACAUCAACACCGGCCACGACCACCUAAUAGAUAAUUCCAACACCAUAGGUUGCAGUUCCUGAGACUAAGUGAUGCUACUAGUAAUGAAUUUUUUUUCUUUUUUUUUUCAUUUGUUCGAAAUACAAAAAAGUAAAACUUUUGAAAAAUUAAAUUUACGCGCUUAAUGCUUGGAGCGUGAUCCUGUAAAAAAGAACGCGUGAAUUAUUAUUGAAGAAAAAAAGAGAUUGAAAGAGAGAGAGAGAGAGAAAAAAAAAAUUUAGCAAUAUACCUGUAAAUAUAGCAAAGUGUGAACUUUACAAUGUAAUUAGGUUCCUUCGUUUGUUGUUUGUGAAAUUGUACAUAAUUUAUUAAAUUUAUUAAAUGAAAGAGAAAGAGAGAGAGAGAGAGAGAGAGAGAAAAACAGGAAGAUGAAAAAAGAGAGAAAGAAAAAGAAGCGAAAGAAUAAAUCAGAAUGAUUAUUGUCAAUAAUGUUACUAAAUGAUUUUGUGAGAGUAGAAAUAAAAAAGUAUGCAUGUUUUGUUGUGAAUGAUGUGAGAAAGAAAGAGUCAAAUUUGUUCUGUAUAAAAGAGAAAAAAAUAAUGAAAUAAUAAUUAUUAAUAUUGUAAAGUUAAAACUAAACCAAAUAUAUACCUGGUUGUUAAUAAAGACUAAAGGGAA